GCAAGAUCUGGCGACGCAUACCUGUAGCCUGACCUCCUGGACUGUUUACAUCUCCACUUCACCACAACCCUUUGUUACCCCAAAGGCUUCCCUCAUCCUUAGUUGUCCUGGUUCCUACCUGAUCCCUUCUCUCCUUGGAUGGCACAAAAGUAUUUCCCCAGAACAGCCCAGAGGCCAAGCUGGGUAUGUGCUUUGUAUGUAAAAUGUUUAUUUCUGUUUUAUCAAGGUGUUUUUCUUUUGGAACAAAUCUUUCAGUCUAGGCUUGGUAAAGUUGAGUCAUCAGCGAUAUUUAUAGAGAGAGAUCUGGGAUGUUAGCUGAUACCUUUUUAUUACAAUUAAACUCAUAGAAUAUUUUUUCUUGAAAAACAUCAGUUGCACAGUUUUAUGAGAUGAUGUUUUAAGAAAGCAUUUUAACAUGUUGUAUCAGGUAGCCUUGAAUUCAUUGGAUCCAACAGAUUCUCAUAUCUCUUAUUGUAGUAAAAUUGUAAAAAUAUUAAACAUUUGGCCAAGUGUGGUGGCACAUGCCUAUCUAUAAUCUCAGCAUUAGGGAGGCUGAGGCAGGAGGAUCACGCUGAGUUCAAGGCCAACCUGAACUGCAUAGUAAAAGCCUGCCUCAAAAAUGACAAAAAUCAAACACACAUAGACACAUACACGUGUGUGUGUGUGUACACGCUCAUACAUUCACUAAUUUUUUAUCAUACCAUAGAUUUAACAGGCAUAUUCCUGCAGAUUUUCUCAAAAUCAUAUUCUUGGAGAAGGUAUUUUUCUAAAUGUGUGGUACUGGGUUAAAUGUAGGGGCACCACAUUGCUACAUCCCUGAAUUUUUUUUUUUUUUUAAAUUUUGAGACCAGAUCUUACGGAGUUGCUGAAUUUCCUAGGGUAGGCUCAAACUUAUGAUCCUGUCUCAGCCACCCAAAAUGCUAGGAAUAUAGGCAAGUACCAUCAUGCCUGGCCUCUUGUCUACAUUGGUUGCUUUGCCCCCCACACCAGUGCUGGGGGUCAACUUAGACCUCAGGCACACUAGCCAAACUUCCUACCACUGAGCGACAUACUCAGACCUACUUGUAUAUUUGUUCUAAGUGGUUAAAAGGAUUUCAUUAUCAAAAGGCACCAGAAGACAGGUGCACCAAAGCUUUCAUCUGAAAUGAAUUGGCACUUGUGAAUGUCAGACACAGAGCUUACACAAGUAUAUUUUUAUAUUAUGUAGUAGAAUCUGGAAAUGUUGGUUCAACUUGGAAUUUUCAAUAUUGUUUCUGUUUUUAGAGAUCCAGAGAUUCUGGUGAGAGACAGACCUGUGUUCUUUCCUCAACAAGGAGCAGCCUUAUUCUCAAUGCCUCUGACAGGCCUGUACUUUGGGAAAGGAUGGCUUGGAGGUUGGAAACAACGGAGUUUCCUGCAGGCUGUAACAGGCAGUAACUUCUUGUUCCCCUGGGGGCACUGUCCCUGGAGAGGAAUGGGAACCUUUCCGGACCCUGAGAUGAGAGCCUUCCUGGAGGAGAACACCAGGGUCACUAGCAGUGGCAGCCUCACCCCUGAAAUCCGGUUGCGGCUUUUGACCCCCACUUGCAAAUUCUGGUGGGAGAGAGCAGACCUGUGGCCCCACAGCGAUCCUUACUGGGCAGUCUACUGGCCGGGAGGCCAGGCCCUGUCUAGGUAUCUUUUAGAUAACCCGGAUGUUGCCAGGGGAAAAUAUGUGUUAGACCUUGGGAGUGGAUGUGGAGCGACAGCCAUUGCUGCUCAGAUGAGUGGGGCAUCGAGGAUCUUGGCCAACGACAUAGACCCGGUUGCAGCAAUGGCUAUUACAUUAAACUGUGAAUUGAAUCACUUCAGUCCUUUUCCCAUUUUGACCAAAAACAUUCUAAACAUGGAACAAGAUCAGUGGGACCUUGUUGUCCUUGGCGAUAUGCUUUAUGACGAAGCCCUGGCUGACAGUCUUCAUGUGUGGCUGAAGAAGUGUGUUCGGACCUUCGGAACUCAAGUACUUAUAGGGGACCCUGGGCGGUCCCCAUGCAGCGGGCACAACAUUUGGCGUGAAUUGCACAAGGUGGUGGAAUACUCCCUCCCAGAGGCCACCAGGCAGCAAAACAAUGGGCUGACAACAAGCUCAGUGUGGGAUUUUCAGCCUUGAGUUGUGAAAAUGCUUUUAAGUUUGACUGUAGUUCUCUUUGGAUUUAAUUGCAAAAAUAUUCUCCACAGGAGAUACUCUCCCAUCAGUGCCAAACCUUGGUUUCCAAAAUAGAAAGUCAGCCUUUGUCACAUAACUCGUCCUGUGUUUCUAAGGAUGCCAGUUGCACAAAUGUCUACCUGCACAUUUUUGUAUAGUUUACUGCUGUAUGGAUAGAAAGCAGUACCCAAUGGUGCUGGCAUGUAAGUGAAGUAGUGAGGAAGAGUAGAUGUUGUAGCAGAAUCUCUGUCUCUAGUUGAGGACACCUGUGGUGUAUCUGCCCUCCCUCCCCACUUUGGUACUGGAGAUUAAACCCAGGUCCUCAUAGCAAGUGUUGUACCACUGACCUACAUCCCUCACCCUAUGAUCUAUCUUUGAAUUAAACAAGCAAAAUACAAAAUAUAGAAUAAUGGGUUAUUUUUCAUAGUACUGGGGAUUGAACUCAGGGCCUUAUCACCAAGCUACAUCCCCAGUACACCCUCCCUCCAUUUUUUUUCAAGACAGGAUCUCUAAGUCACUAAAUUGUCCAGCCUAAGCUGAAAUGUUUGAUCUUGUCUUAGCCUCCCAGAAAACUGAGAUUAUAGGUAUGCACCACUAUGCCUGACAGAAUACUGCUAGUUUUAUUUAUUUUUUUUAGUAUGGUACAGAGUACUGAACAGUAUGAGACAACUCUCACUUUGUAGCUGAGAUUAUAGGUUGGGUAGGCUUUCCAAGUUUUACUUCCAUUAUUUAUGAACAGUAACGAAAUAGAACAGAUCUCGUAUCAGUGGUUAUUGUAUUAAAUCAACAUAAAGGUCUCUCAAGGAGUAUUUAGGAUAUGGUAGACCUUCAGUUAACAACACUAACCGCAAAAGAUCAUAGUACUUGGUAAAUACAUGCACAUAAUAAGUGUUCACAUAUUUUAGCUGCUGCUAGUCAUGAUUCCUUUAUUGUAAAACACCACGGCUCCUAGUGACUGCAGAAUAAAGUGCAUACAAAGUACCAUUAAAUCUUUCUCCAGUUAGAUCUGGAUAUACUUUUUUGAUCUUGUAAUACUUGCCCCUCACCCAUCAAAAGUUUUGCAACACUUGUUCCCCAAGUCCUCCUACCUUAGUGCCUUUGCUUAUGCCCUUCCCUCUUUUAGGAACUUCCUUAGUCUCACUGCUUCUUCAGGCUGCUUUGUUACUGCCCUACUCCCAAAUGUACCCAUAUGGCUCAGGUUAAAUUCAAGCUGUUCUGUAGCCUGGAGCAGAUUGGAGUUAAUGCUGCCCUUUUUGUGCCACCAUAGCACUGCAUAUUUAGCUGUGCUAAGUGUACAUUUCAUCCUAAUUACAGAAAUGCACAACCAUGUCUUUCUCUCCCACUAUCCAGAACCCCUGUGUUCUGUAUAACUUUGUACAUUCCUAAGCCUUUGACCCAGUUUCUCAUAAAUAGAAGCCCAAGGAAAAUUAUCUGAUGAGAUAAUUCUUCAUUUGAAAGAAAUAAACAGAUAAUACCUGAAAGAGACUGUAAUUUUCUCACACAACUCUUUAGCCUUUAAUCUGCUUGCAUCUACUCAAUAGACAGUAUGACCUGGAGAGUUGGAUGGAGAGGGCUUCCUGCCCAACUGUUGAGAUUACUUAUACUAGUGGUGAUGAACCUAUGGGACACAUGCCACACUGGCUGCUUGUUAUCAUCGAAAGCUCUAAAAGAUUUGCUAUCGCUGACUUGUACUAUACAGUAUAGUCAAUAUUUGUGAAUUUGUGCAAAGCUGAAAUUUAUUUGCAACUCCAAAAGCUCAGCACAAGGUGCUUUUGUGAUCAUUCAUGGCUAUGUGCAAAGUGAGGAAAAAUCAGGGUUGCCUUGUACAUGCUUCCAGCUGAGGGGAAAUAGGCCCAGCCUCUGCCAUCUUGUUUCAGCUCAGCCCUAACUAAAUAUUCUUUCUGCAGUCUGUAUCAUGCCAUGUUUUCAUGUUUUCAUGCUGUUUGUUCAAGACUACUGUUUAAAAUGGUCCCCAAGCAAAGAGCUGAGUGUGGUGGCACAUACCUAUAAUCCCACCAUGUAAGAAACUAAGACAGAAGGAUGGUCACAGCCAAGGCCAGCCUGGGGUACUUAGUGAGGUCAAGACAGCAUAAAUCAAAGAGUGAGACCCUUGUCUCAAAAAACCAAAACAAUAAAAUGGUUCCCAAGUGUAGUGCACAAGGGCUUGGUUAGUGUCCUGAAGUAAGAAGGGUCUAAGAAAACUCGGGCAAGUUAUUCAGGCCUGUGUUACAUACAGUGUGGUUAGUUAUGAGAUCAAUGUUAAUGAUUCUGUCUUUUGUUGUGGGGACAACAUACAGAGUGCCCAUAAUUAAAGGAGGAAAGGUAUAUUUAGCUCACAAUUCAUGGAAGUUUCAGUUCAUAAUCAGCUGCCUUCAACACAGGGUGGCUUGGCAGUGGGGCAAAAGUUCAUGUAGAAGACAGCAAAAGUAACAAGAAAGAAACAAGCAUCUGUUCCUGCCUUAUUCUACAUACAUUGCACCCUAGUGCAAGUGUAGCACUCACACCGCUAAUCCCAACACUAGACAAUGAACUAAUCACAAACCCUAGAUUCAGCUGUCUUGGAAAAGCCUGCCCCCCCGUAACUGCAUGAAGCUUUGGAGAGACAUCCAGACACAAAAUAUAGCAGUGUCUAAACAGAAACACAUAUCAACAAGGUGAUAUGUUGAUUAGUGGACAAAUGCAGAAUUCAUGGUGAUUUUAUACCCUAAAACUACUGAAAACACAAUCAAUUGAUUACAUCAGAUAAACCAUGCAACACCCAAAUAUACACUUAUUCUUUUCGUCUCUACCUUCUGAAAAUGUAGUCAGACCAGAAGUAAGUAAGGAAACAAAAAUUGCCCACUACAGGCAGUAACACUUUGGAAUCACUCAUAGUCUUAAAAGAAAGAGCUGCCUGCACUCUUGGCUACCAAGGGGAAGAAAGAAAAGGAGUCAGCAUACCAAUGAAAGAGUGGUGCAGUGAAAGAGUGUAACUGUUUUCUCUUUUGAGGAAUCUAGUGUUUGAAGGCUACCAUAUUGUUUCCUGCCUAAAUCAGUCUCCAGAUAGGAAGGCAUGCUUAUUCUUAACAUUUUGCAACUUGAACAUUAUAACAGUUUAACAGUCCUUAAGAACCAGCAUUAAGUCUAUCAACAUUAUAUUACAUUAGAAACAUUACAUUUUGUCCUUGGACCUCCAAAGACUCAUGCAUAUUCCUUUAUGCAAAAGGCAUUUAGUCCAUCUGCAAGAGUUGUCAAAGUCCUAAGAGUUUCAGCAUUGCUGAAAAGUUCAAAUCCCAAAUCUCCUCCAAGAUGGAAGGCAAACUAUCAGCUACGUACCCCUGUGCAAAUGAAAACAGUUAAGAACUUCCAACAUGCAAUGACAUAAGAUAAAACAUUUCAAAGGUUACAAACGAUUGUACAAAAGUACAAAAGACUGGGACAAAAGCAAGUCCAAAAUCCCAGCAGGGCAAAUGUUAAGUCCUGUAGUUUCAUGUGCACUGUUUGAGGCAAUAUAUGGAAAACUGUGAGCUCCAAAGGGCUUGUGUGGCUCCACCUCCAAAGCAGUUCUGGUGGUUCCCAAUCCCAUAGCUUCUCUCUUGGGGUGGCUUUGCUCUCUCAUUGCAGGUUUCCUUAGAUGAUCCAUGUUCCUGGAUUUUCCAAACUUCUGGUUCUCCAUUGCACUUUUGGCUUCACCCUCAUAGCUUCACAUACUGCCUUCUUGGGGGCACACUGCCUGCCCCUUUCCAGGCCUCCUGAAAUCAAGGUGGAAGCCCUUUGAACCUCAGAACUUGUGCAUUCUGCAUGUGCCUAAAGCCAGUACCAUGUGGAAGCUGCCAAAAUCUGCUGCCAGCUGGAGCAGUAGUCAGGCUUUCUUCUCUUGGCUCUAGCAACUGAGUCCCUGGAUUGCUGGGUACUCUCAACUUGAUUGUGAGGAACACAUUCUCUAUGUCACCUCCAUUUUGGAAUUUCAUAGGGCUCUGAGGCUUUCUCCUUGAAGCAAAUGCUUCCACUUUUGCAGUUCAGAAGCUGCAAAGGCCAGCUUUUCGAUUCUGUACCUUCUCAGUUGUGGAGAUCUCAGCUCUGUCUUUACAGUUCACAGCUUUCUGGUCAAAACAUUCUGAAUCAUCCUGCUGGGCUCUUGGUUCCUGAUUUACAACAUAAAUCUGGCUAAAAGCCCCCAAUAACAGCUAUGUUGAGCCACUGCCUUAACAUUUGCCUGCCUUGAUAUUUCUUCUGCCAGAUUAAUCAGUCUAUCACUCUUAAUCUCAGUCUCAGGCAAAGGCUCUGGACAUGAGCAAAAUGCAGACAAACUUUCUGCCAAGCCAUAAUAUGGAGUCCAACAACCAGUGCAGUCUCUCUUAACCAGCACAAACCUCCUGAGCCUGGUCUUUACUGGCAGGCUUUCUAUCAGCCUUCUGGACUGAGCUCUGACCAGAAUUUCCCCUACAGAACAGCCUAAGCUGUUCCAGCUCUAUGCAUACAGGCAACAUCUCCAAGUCUUUCCAAAUUCUUCCCACAAGCCAUUUCCAAAAGCUCUUGAACCCCAUGGUCAGGUAUAAUCACAGCAACCACCCCAAUCCUGGUACCAAAUUCUGUCUUGGUUACUUUUCUUUCAUUGCUGGGACAAAACACCUGACACUCAAAGGGAGGAAAGGUUUAUUUAGCUUACAGUUUUUAGAGGUUUCAGUCCACAAUCAGCUGGCUACAAGGCAAGGUGGCAUAGCACUAGGACAACACUUUAUGGCAGCAGCCAGAGCAAAAGGGGGAAAAGAAGCCUCUUUUGCUGCCUUAUAUUGUACUCAGGCUACUACUACACCCGCUUCAGGAUGGGUGUAGCACUCACAAAAUCAUCUUGCCCUCUCAUCCACAGGAUGAGAGUAUUUACAAAGUAAGAACCCUGGUUCCCUGCUGAGUCUCUUAGGUCAAACUUCUGAACUUCUCAAUUGACACAAUGUACCAACCAUAACAUUGUCUAAUACUUGCUUUUUAACUAUUUCAAUUUAGAUAAAAGGCUUAUAAAGGUGUAUUUUUUGCAAGGCCUCAGGCAAGAUCAAUGUAGACCAUUGUAUAUAUUCAGCUUGGUUGUGACUGUAGCCAUGUUGAUCAUAACCAACAUUUUGCUUAUUGGCUCACUCCCAACUGGAAUUCCAAACCCUAUGGGAUAAAUGAAGACAUUAAGAUUGCUAGGCACUUUUUUGCCAUCCACUGACACCAAGAUUUUCUAACAUCUGACAUAUGAAUAAUUUUUUUCAUUCACAAUGCUGAGAAACCUUUGGUCUUAUGUAUGCUGGGUAAGUGUUCUACCAUUGAGGCACAGCUCCAGCUGAUACAUAAUUUUUUUGAGGACGUCCAUAUGCAGUUGGCCAUACGCCACCUUUGUCUAACUUUGUAAAACUCCUUUCUCCUGUGUCACAUUGUGGGAAUCUUCAAAAUUUGCUGUCACCCAAUACAAGCUUCUGUCCAAAACUCCCAAAUAAAUUAUAUAAUCUUGGA